UACCAGUACACAUAUUGCUGUAUACAGCCGUGCACUGCCAAGUUUUUUUUUUUUUUUAAAGUAAAUUGAGUUUUACACGACUACAGACUUAACGUCUUUUAUUUAAGUUUUUUAGUGAUUUUUAUUCUAAAAAAAAAAAAAAAAUUAUUUUCGUUAAUGACUCAAAGCUAUUUUUGUAAUUUUUGUUAUCAUUUUUUGAGUUAUUUUUAAAACUCAAGUAUUCAUUGUUGUAUUAAUUAAAAUUGUAUAGACUUAAUAAAUUAGCAAUUUGUUUAUAAAUAGAGGAAAUAAAUAAAUAUUUAUAAAAAAUGCCUGUUUUUCAUACAAAAACUAUUGAAAGCAUCCUCGAGCCUGUAGCACAGCAGGUUUCGAGACUUGUUAUUCUUCAUGAAGAAGCUGAAGAUGGAAAUGCCAUGCCAGAUUUGGAACGGCCUGUUUAUGCCGUCAGCAUGGCAGUUACAAAUCUUGUUAAAGUCGGAAAAGAAACAAUUAAUUCUUCGGACGAUGCAUUGCUUAAACAAGAUAUGCCAGCUGCACUUCAACGUGUUGAAGGUGCAUCAAGACUUCUUGAAGAAGCAUCUGCUCUACUGAAACACGACCCAUACUCUGGACCUGCUAGAAAAAAACUUAUUGAAGGUUCGCGAGGUAUUCUUCAAGGUACUAGUUCUUUGCUGUUGUGCUUCGACGAAAGCGAAGUGCGUAAAAUAAUUAGAGAAUGUAAAAGAGUUUUGGAUUAUUUGGCUGUUACUGAAGUAAUUGAAACAAUGGAAGAUCUGGUACAUUUUUUAAAGAAUCUUAGCCCUUGCUUAAGUAAAGUUUCACGUGAAGUAGGAGCAAGAGAAAAAGAGUUGACUCAUCAAGUUCAUCGUGAAAUUUUAAUACGAUGUUUAGAUCAAGUUAAAACUUUGGCACCAAUUUUAAUCUGUUCAAUGAAAAUUUUUAUCCAUAUAAUAUCUCAGGGUGGUAGAGGUGCUGAAGAAGCUGCAGAAAAUCGUAAUUAUCUUUCUAGCCGUAUGUCUGAUGAAUUAAAUGAAAUAAUACGUGUACUUCAAUUGACAACUUAUGACGAAGAGGAAUGGGAUGCUGAUCAAUUAACGGUAUUAAAAAAAGCUCAGAGUGCCAUAGAGUCUCGUGUAAGAACAGCUCAUGAUUGGUUAGACGAUGGUAGAGCCAUGCAAGGCGGAGUUGGUGAAAAAAGUCUGCGACAAAUUAUCGAACAAGCAAAUAAACUUGCUGAUCGUUAUCUUUCACCGUCACAAUCUGAUGCUAUGUCUAAACUAGCAUCUCAAUUAGUAACAAUGACUAAUGCACUUUGUGAAUUACGCCAGGAUGGAAAAGGAACAACUGUACAAGCAGAAUCACUUGCUCGAGGAAUUAAAGAAAAGCUUAAUGAACUUCGUUCCUCUGUAGCAUCGGCAAUCGUUGCAGCUGAUAAAUCAGGAACAGCUCAAACUGCUCAUACUGUUGCUGGUCGACUAGAGCAAGCUAAUAAGUGGCUUUUAAAUCCCCAACAUGAUGACAAAGGACUCGGACAACGUGCCAUAGCUAUGAUUAUUCAUGAAGGAAAAAAAAAUCAGCAAAGUUUACCAUACGUAAGUUUGUUAUUGUGUAGAAGAAUCUAUAAAAAUGUUGCUGAAGGCCUUCCAGGUAUUCAUAAAGCGGAAAUCCUACAGCUUUGCGAUGAAGUAGAGAAUUUAUCGCGUCAAUUAGCUGAUAUGUGUGCUUAUGGUCAAGGAAAUACACCACGUGCACAAGAAAUAGCACGGCAAUUAUCACAAAAACUUUACGAAUUAAAAAAUCGUAUUCAACAAGCAGUUGUGUCACGUGUAGUUGAAGAUUUUAUUGAUAUUACAACACCGUUAAAACAAUUUACCGAUGCUGUUUUAAUUCCCGAAGGCACACCAGGACGUGAACAAAAUUUCAAUGAUAAAACUCAUGCACUUCAAAUAUUUUCAAAUCGUGCUGUUAAAACAGCGCGUAUGGUAGCCGCGGGUGGUAGUAGUGGAAAUAAAAAAUUAGCUGAAGCAUUAUUAAAUAGUGCUUCUCAAGUUGAAUCAUUAACACCACAAUUAGUUAAUGCUGGACGUAUUAGAAUGAGUUAUCCAGAAAGUAAAGCUGCUGAUGAACACUUUGAAAAUUUACGUCAACAGUAUGCAGAGACAAUGCAGCGAACAAGAGCACUUUGUGAUGAAGCUACUGAUAGUGCUGAUUUUAUUCGUACAUCUGAAGAACAAAUGCAGAAACAUACUUUCCUUUGUGAGGAAGCUAUUGCUAAACAACAUCCACAAAAAAUGGUUGAUAAUACUGCUGCAAUUGCUCGUUUAGCUAAUAGAGUUAUUCUUGUUGCUAAACAAGAGAGUGACAAUAGUGAAGAUCUUUCAUUUAUUCAACGAGUUAAUCAAGCUGCUGAUGUUCUUCAGCACUGUGUUACACCUAUGGUGCAAGAUGCUAAAGCUGUUGCUAUGAAUAUUACCGAUGCUCCGUCUAUUUCACAUUGGAGGGAAAGCAAUCGUGCUCUGCUAAAUAGCGUAGGACAAGUUCGCAAAGCUCUGCAUCUUGAUCAAAGAACUUCUCCGGAUAUUUCGCAGCUGCGAAUUAGCGAUGAAGAUAAAGUGCCCCUACCUCGGCACACUUACUUUACAGAUAAAGUCGGUGAACCUUUGAAGAAUCAACCGUCACCCAGCAAUUUGGGCGCGGUCAGCCCUACAUUCAAUACUGGCAAACCGCAACAUCGUUCCAUCAGUCCUUUGCCUAAAUGGGCACGUGGAGGAGAUAAUCCAGACCUACUAUACCAGGAACUUGCCCCUGAGAACAACUUUGAGAAAACGGCUCAAGCCGGAGGAUAUUACGAUAAUUAUUUUGAUCAUUACAAUGUGGAAAAAAAUGAAAUGGUACCACCAAGACCUCCGUUACCAGGUGGAGAGAUAGCACCUCCAAGACCACCACCACCAGAGACUGAUGAUGAAGAUGAAAUGUUUAUGCAUGCACCUCAACCAAAUCAACCUAUCAUGAUGGCAGCUCAUGGUCUCCAUCAAGAAGUUCGUCAAUGGUCUAGCAAAGAUAAUGAUAUCAUUGCUGCUGCUAAAAAAAUGGCUAUUUUGAUGGCUCGUCUUUCUGGUUUAGUUCGAGGUGAAGGAGGUAAUAAACGUGAUUUGAUUGCUUGUGCUAAAGCUAUUGCUGAAGCAUCACAAGAAGUUACUCGUUUAGCUAAAGAAUUAGCUAGAGAAUGCACAGACAAACGUAUUCGCACGAACUUACUUCAAGUAUGUGAAAGAAUCCCGACAAUAGGAACUCAAUUGAAGAUCUUAUCAACUGUAAAAGCAACAAUGCUUGGUGCUCAAGAAACGCUCCCCACCUGGGAAGAACUGAUGCUAUAUGGUACGGAAGAGGACCAAGAAGCAACAGAUAUGCUGGUCGGAAACGCUCAAAAUCUUAUGCAAAGUGUAAAAGAGACAGUGAGAGCUGCAGAGUGUGCAAGCAUCAAGAUUCGUACCGCGUCUGGAAUGAAAUUACGCUGGGUGCGCCGUCAACCUUGGUACCAAUAUUAGAUUUGUGACACAAUUAUGUCGUAGAUUCGCUUUUGAGUUCUAUUUACCUCUGACAAAAUUUUUUUUUCGAAUCGGUCGUGGACAUGUGGUUAUAACUACAUAAAACAGUCUGCCGUAGUACAGUAGUGUACUAGUGGCUUACGUUUAUUAACCCAAUUAAAUUUUUAUCACCACAUAAAUUACUUUCAGUUUAAUUAGUUCUUUGAAAAGUAAAAUUUAUAAAAUUUCUAAUAUACUUUUAUAAUUACUAAAUUUUUUAUUAAUUAUAUAAUAAUAUUAAUAAUAAUAAUUGUUGUUGUAAUCACCGCGAAAUAGUUAAGUUUAAUCAUUUUUUCGGAUGUCAGGGCCCAUAACAUUAUUACACAUAAGAAUUAUUCUUAUUGUUCAGUACGAUUACAUUAAAAAAAAAAAUUCUUCUCUAAUUCAUGAGAAAAAGACUUGAUUAAUUGAUUCGUCCAUUAUAAUAAAAAUUAUAACUUAUAUUAUAAUUACAUAAUUGUGUUGUAUUAAAAAUAAGUUGACGUCACUUUAUUGUUUUUGCUAAUCAUAUUGUCAUUUUAUAUAAAUAUACAUUUGGAUAAAUAAUUUAAAUUAUUUAAAUACAAUACAUCGGCAUCAUAAAUGUUUAUUGUGAGUAAAUCAACGAAAAAUAUUUUAUAAGAAUACGUCUAAACCCUUUUUACAGGCUUGGAUUAAAUUUUAUCGUACUGAAUAAGCAGACAAUUUUAAAAAUGUAUCAUGUAAAAAUUUUAAAUUAUAUUCAUGUGCAAUUUUCUGAAAUAAUAUUUUUUGUAUGAUAAUGAAAAAUAUUGGCCUUGAUAGUAAAUUAUUAAUAUUUUUAUAAGGUCCAGUGCAAUAACGUUGAUAAUUGUAGUGUUACAAUAUGUAUACUUUUUGCGAUGGUUUUUUUUAUAAUUCAAUGGUGCUAAAAAAUAUUAAAAUGUUAAAUUAGAGUAAAUAAAAUAAUUUUUUUAGAAUGUAAAUGCAAUAAUGUUUUUGAAAUAAGUUUCUUUUUAGAUAAAAAAAUAAAAAUAAAAGAGAGAACAAUAUAAUUUUUGUAACUUUUAGUAUGUUAACUACUUUAAUUUUAAUCGUAAUAUUUUUAAAACAAAACGUAACAAAAAAU